GUGAACACGAGCAAGGACUAUGUGAUGAAGCUGGAGAACAGGGUGAUGGCGCUGGAGAAUCUGCUCUGUGAGAUUCGCAUGAAGUGUGAUCAAGAGCAUUGGGGUUAUGACCCUCUAAAGAAGAAGUAUGAGGAUGUGCUAAAGCAGAAAGAGGAGUUACAAUUGGAGCUUGAGCAGGAGCGACAGGCUCACAGCACCCUGCAUGAGAAAUAUGAUCACAUGAUAAAGCAGAAGGAAGAUUUACAAAGUGAGUGUAAGCAAGGACGACAAGCUCACAAUAUCCUAAAGGAGAUGUACGAGGAUGUGAUAAAGCAGAAUGAGGAGUUACAAAAAGGUUCCGAGUUGAUAUUCCAGACAGAAAGAGCGAACAAUCUGGAGAAAAUCCUGUAUUCUGUGAUCAGAGAGUCUGAGCGAAAAAGCGAGGAACUUGAGAAAGAGCGACGGGCUUAUAAAAUCUUUAAGGAGAAGUAUGAGAAGGAUAAAGAUUUAUUAAAAGGACAUUAGCUGCUGUUCCAAAAGGAUAGAGUGAACGGUCCGGAGAGAGGACUUUUUGCAGAUCAUUUUGCAGAGUCUGAGCAAAAAAGGGAAAUUUCUGGAGUAGGAAACGUCCGCAUAUACGAGGGCAUGGACACUGGGACCACAGGAAAUGACUAUGCCUAUGAUGUAAUAGCCAGAACCCAGUGCUUCAAACACCACGGCUACUGAGCACCAUUUUUCAAAAGUUGGACUGAGUAUUUUGAAAUGUCUCUAGGUGUGAAUGAGCAAAUGGGUUUGGAUGUGCAUGUUAAUUAUACAGUUAAAUUGUAGAAAUGAAGAGGUGUUGGUAUUAAGAAUAUGCAAUUCAAUUAGUUAAAACAUCAUCUUGUCAAAUGUAUACCUUUUGAUAGGUAUACUGUAGGACAUAAGAUAUCUUUAUGGGAGUUCUACUAACAAUAAAUCAAAUAAAAUGUAG